AUGGUCAGUCCACAUCAGCCUACAUCAGUCUACAUCAGCCUACAUCAGUCUGCAUCAGUCUGCAUCAGCCUACAUCAGUCUGAAUCAGUCUACAUCAGUCUGAAUCAGUCUACAUCAGCCUACAUCAGUCUGAAUCAGUCUACAUCAGCCUACAUCAGUCUGCAUCAGUCUGCAUCAGCCUACAUCAGUCUACAUCAGCCUACAUCAGUCUGCAUCAGUCUGCAUCAGCCUACAUCAGUCUGCAUCAGUCUACAUCAGUCUGAAUCAGUCUACAUCAGUCUGAAUCAGUCUACAUCAGCCUACAUCAGUCUGAAUCAGUCCACAUCAGCCUACAUCAGUCUACAUCAGCCUACAUCAGUCUGCAUCAGUCUGCAUCAGCCUACAUCAGUCUGCAUCAGCCUACAUCAGUCUGAAUCAGUCUACAUCAGCCUACAUCAGUCUGAAUCAGUCUACAUCAGCCUACAUCAGUCUGCAUCAGUCUGCAUCAGCCUACAUCAGUCUGCAUCAGCCUACAUCAGUCUGAAUCAGUCUACAUCAGCCUACAUCAGUCUGCAUCAGUCCACAUCAGCCUACAUCAGCCUACAUCAGUCUACAUCAGCCUACAUCAGCCUACAUCAGUCUGCAUCAGCCUACAUCAGUCUACAUCAGCCUACAUCAGUCUGCAUCAGGCUACAACAGUCUACAUCAGCCUACAUCAGUCUGCAUCAGUCUACAUCAGCCUACAUCAGCCUGCAUCAGUCUGCAUCACCCUACAUCAGCCUACAUCAACCUACAUCACCCUACAUCAGUCUACAUCAGCCUACAUCAGUCUACAUCAGUCUACAUCAGUCCACAUCAGCCUACAUCAGCCUACAUCAGUCCACAUCAGUCUACAUCAGUCUACAUCAGCCUACAUCAGCCUACAUCAGUCUGCAUCAGCCUACAUCAGCCUACAUCAGUCUACAUCAGUCUGCAUCAGCCUACAUCAGCCUACAUCAGCCUACAUCAGUCUGA